GCUUCUCGACCCAACGACCGAAUCGGGCUCGGCCCUUGAAAUCGAUCCGCUGUUUCGCCUCGCCUACUGGGCGAACCACCCCAGAAACCUACUCUCCAUCGCGUCAAAGAUCUCCGCCGAUCUCCGUCGAUUUGUGGGAUUCCGAUCGAUCGCUCUCGCAAAGCCUCACCUUUCACUUUCCUUUUAGCGUUAGAUCGCAGAUGACCGCGGCCGAAUCUUGAUCGGCACCGCCGCCUUGCGGCGAGGGAGGUUUUCUUCUUUGUAUGGAAACGCGCAGCCGGAAGCGGGCGGAGGCCUCAUCGUCGGCGCCUUCUUCUCAGACCUCUCCUGUUACCCGCCGCGCCAAACGCUCCCGCACCACUGUCGCUUCCUCUCAGGCUCCCCCUGCCCUGUCUACGCGAUCCCGCCGUUCACAGAACCUGCCAUCAUCUCCCCCCUCGUUGUCGUCCUCUGCUGCCGCUGCCACUGCCACUGCCUCUUCCGCUGCUGCUGCCGCUGCCCUACCCAUGGACACCUCGGCUGGAGACUCCGUCGGUCGUCGCCGCCGCAGCUCUGGCAAGAGCCAUCAGUCUGGUGACCGCGAUCGGGAUGCUGCCGACAGGGGAAAGGAGGCGGGAGCGUCAAGGUCGAGAGAGAGGGAUAGGGACGCCGAGAGGAUGUUAGGGUUGAAUUUUGAUGGCGGAGCCGAUGAUGAUAUUGAUGGUGAGGGUAGUCUAGGUAUCCACCAUCAGAACCCGACAUCAACUAGCAGCGCCCUUCAGGGGCUUCUUAGGAAAUUGGGUGCUGGCCUUGAUGAUCUAUUGCCGUCGUCUGCCCUGUCAGCCUCUUCUUCGCAGCAGAGCGGGCGUCUGAAAAAGAUUUUGGCGGGUCUUCGUGCUGAUGGCGAAGAGGAUAAGCAAUUUGAGGCACUGAACCAGCUCUGCGAGAUGCUGUCCAUUGGAACUGAGGAUUCUCUUGGGUCGCUAGCGAUGGACUCAUUUGUGCCAGUGCUUGUGGGACUUCUCAACCAUGAAAGCAAUCCCGACAUAAUGUUACUCGCUGCCAGGGCCCUCACCUACUUAUGUGAUGUCCUGCCUUCAUCAUGUGCGUCUGUUGUUCGAUAUGGUGCUAUUCCUUGUUUCUGUGCUCGCCUUCUCACUAUAGAGUACAUGGACUUAGCAGAACAGUCACUUCAAGCUCUCAAGAAGAUAUCACAAGAACACCCAACAGCUUGCUUACGUGCUGGUGCACUUAUGGCAGUUCUAUCUUACCUAGACUUUUUCUCCACAGGAGUUCAGAGAGUGGCUCUCUCGACUGCAGCAAAUAUGUGCAAGAAACUCCCAUCUGAUGCAGCUGAUUUUGUCAUGGAAGCAAUCCCAUUGUUGACCAACCUCCUCAACUAUCAUGAUGCAAAGGUUGUAGAACAUGCUUCUGCGUGCCUGACAAGAAUUGCAGAAGCAUUUGCAUUAUGUCCUGAUAAAUUAGAUGAGUUGUGUAAUCAUGGAUUGCUUACACAAGCAGCAGGACUGAUCUCUCCCAGUAAUUCAGGAGGACAAGCAUCUCUUAGUACUUCUACAUAUACGGGUUUAAUUCGUCUACUUUCAACUUGUGCUAGUGGAUCUCCUCUAGCAGCUAAAAAUCUUCUUCUUUUAGGAAUUAGUGGCACACUUAAAGAUAUUCUUCUCAGUUCUGCACUUGUUUCUGGUUCUUCUGUUACAUCUGCCAUGACUAGGCCACCUGAACAGGUUUAUGUGACAGUGAACCUUGUGGAUGAACUUCUGCCAUCCUUGCCAAGUGGAACAGUUUCUUUGCCAAUGCUCGCUAAUGUACUUGUGAAAGGAACAACUAUGAAACAUUCUGCUAGCACUUCUAGCAAGCAUGAUGGUUCUAGUGAAACUACUACUGAAGUAUCAGCUCAUGGGAAAUUAUUGCAAGAGCAACCUGAACUUUUGCAGCAGUUUGGAAUGGACCUACUUCCUGUUAUAAUACAAGUGUAUUCUUCCAGUAUAAGUGGUCCUGUUCGUCAUAAAUGUUUGUCUAUUAUUGCAAAGUUGAUGUAUUUUGGCUCAGCAGAUAUGAUCCAGACCUUGCUCAGUGUUGCAAACAUAUCUAGUUUCUUAGCUGGCAUUUUAGCAUGUAAAGACCCACAACUCUUGAUUCCUGCUAUUCAGAUUGCAGAGAUUCUUAUGGAUAAGCUUCCUGGAACAUUUUCCAAGAUUUUUGUGAGGGAGGGGGUUGUUCAUGCUGUUGAUGUACUAAUAUCAUCAGAAUCUUUAAGUGCGGUUCCUUCUCUUCCGCCUAUCUCUGAAAAGGACUGUGAUCCUUCACUUGGAAUAUCUUGGCGUUCUCGUCGUAAUCAACGACGUAAUGGUGCUUCAAACAUUGAAAACAUCUCACCCAAUGAUCCAAAAGGAUCUAUACCAGAAGUUUCUAGUGCAACUUCAGGCGAAUCACUAAUGGAAAAUACGAAUUUUUGUGGUACAGUUAGUUCUCUAGCCAAGUCUUUCAAAGAUAAAUAUUUUCCAGCAGACCCAGGUGCAACUGAAGCUGGACUCACAGAGGAUCUCAUUCAUUUGAAAAAUCUUUGCUCUAAGUUAAACUCCAUCAUUGAAAAUGCAAAGAGAAAGACCAAAGGUAAAGGUAAAGCCUCUGGGGUGUCCUCCUUUGACUUAUCUGCUAGUAAUGAGGAACAACUAAAUGAAGUGAUAAUGGAGAUACUGACCGAACUUCAAAAAGGUGAUGGUGUAUCUACUUUUGAGUUUAUUGGCAGCGGUGUUGUUUUGGCAUUGUUAGACUAUUUUACUUGUGGCACAUUUGGAAAAGAGAGAGUUUCUGAAGCUAAUUUGCCAAAGUUUCGGCAGCAAGCUCUUCGAAGGUACAAGUAUUUUGUUGCGACUGCACUUCCUUUGGAACUUAAGGAUGGUAGCAAAGUUCAUAUGAGUAUUUUGGUCCAAAAGCUUCAAAAUGCUUUAUCUUCUUUAGAACAUUUUCCCGUUGCAAUAAGUCCAUUGGCUAGGUCUAGCUAUGGAAGUGUACGCUUCUCCUCUGGUCUAGGGGCCUUAUGUCAACCUUUUAAGCUGCGUUUAUGCCGUGCACAAGGUGAAAAAUCUCUUCGUGAUUAUUCAUCAAAUGUUGUGCUUAUUGAUCCAUUAGCCAGUCUAGCUGCUGUUGAAGAUUUCCUCUGGCCAAGAGUUCAGCGAAGUGACUCAGCACAUAAGUCAUCAUCAUCAGCUGGCAAUUCUGAUCCUGGAGCUGCUGCUACUACUGGAUCUGCUGCUCCUACACCAUCAACUCCUGGACACCGUCCUUCAACCAGGUCUAGAUCAUCAGUUAUGACUGGAGUUCCAGCUACAAAAGAUGGUUCAGAAGUAAGUGCAAGUUCUUCCAAAGGGAAGGGUAAGGCUGUCGUGAAAUGUAGUGCAGAUGAAUCAAGAGGACCACAAACAAGAAAUGUUGCCCGCAGAAGAGCUGCCUCAGACAAAGACACAGAAAUGAAAACUGCACAUGGCGAAUCUACCUCUGAGGAUGAGGAGUUUGAUAUGUCUCCUGUUGAGAUGGACGACACACUUAUGCUUGUUGAUGAUGACAUCUCUGAUGAGGAAGAUGAUCAUGAAGAGGUAUUGAGAGAUGACUCUCUUCCUGUCUGCAUACCUGAGAAGGUACAUGAUGUCAAGCUUGGAGAUGCCUCCGAUGAAGGUGUGGCAGAUGGUUCAGCAACACAUAAUCAGGUAAAAACAAUAUCCACUUUGAGUGACAGGUCUUCCACAGAAAGAGCCACUGAAUCUUCUGAGUUCCGAAGGGGAAGUGUGUUUGGUUCAAAGGGGGCAAUGUCAUUUGCUGCUGCUGCAAUGGCAGGGCUUGCUUCAAUAGGUGGAAGAGGUAUCAGAGUUGGCCGAGAUUAUCGUGGACUUGCAUCUGGUACCAGUUCAAGUGACCAUCAGAAUAAACUGAUCUUCACAGUCGGGGGAAAACAGCUCAGCAAGAACCUGACCAUUUAUCAAGCUUUCCAGCGCCAUCUUAAUCUUGAAGAGGAAGAUGAGAAACUCAAUGGAUCUGAAUUUCACAGUGAUGACAAUGGCUUCUGGAGUGAUAUAUUUACAAUAACAUACCAGAAAACUGUUGGGCAGAUUGACAAGACUUCCCAAGGAUGUUCAAAUUCUUCAAAAUCUUUAAAAGCUGCAUCUACUUUGGAUUUCAUUAGUAAUAAUAAUUGUCAAGGAAUGUCCCUGCUCAAUAGCAUCUUGCAAGGGGAGCUUCCUUGUGAUCUUGAAAAAUCCAAUCCUUCAUAUAAUGUAUUAGCAUUAUUCCGUAUCCUCAAUGUUUUAAAUCACUUGUCAACCUGUCUGAGAACUCAGUCCACUAUUGAUGAUUUUGCAGAAGCAAAAAUCUCUAAUUUAGAUGAACUUUAUAGAAUUGGUCCAAAGGUGUCACCUGAGGAAUUUGUGAAUAGAAAGCUAACUCCAAAGCUUGCUCGGCAAAUGCAGGACGCGCUAGCCCUUUGUAGUGGUAGCCUUCCUCCAUGGUGUUGUCAGUUAACAAAAGCGUGCCCUUUUCUUUUUCCAUUUGACACCAGGAGGCAAUAUUUCUAUUCAACAGCUUUUGGUCUAUCUCGAGCAUUGCAUCGACUUCAGCAACAACAGAAUUCUGAUAAUCAGAAUUCAACAAGUGAAAGAGAGGUUCGAGUUGGUAGGCUGCAAAGGCAAAAGGUUCGUGUAGCCCGGAAUCGUAUCUUGGACUCUGCCGUAAAGGUUAUGACAAUGUAUGCUAGUCAGAAAGCUGUCCUUGAAGUGGAAUAUUUUGGUGAGGUAGGCACUGGAUUGGGCCCAACAUUGGAGUUCUAUACCCUUUUAAGUCAUGACUUGCAAAGGGUUGAAUUGAGUUUAUGGAGGUCUAACACUACAUCGGAGAGUUCUGCAAUGCUAGUUGAUGGAAAUGGAACAGAUAGUAGAGAGAGUGAUGAUAGUUUACGAGCAAAGAAAGCAGUCAAGGAUUUGCCUAUUGGAGGACGCGAUAUUAUACAAGCUCCUCUUGGUUUAUUCCCUCGUCCUUGGCCGCCUAGUGUGGAUGCUUCUGAUGGUAGUCAGUUUUCAAUGGUUAUUGAGUAUUUUCGUCUGAUUGGUCAGACUAUGGCAAAAGCUCUACAAGAUGGUCGGCUGCUGGACUUGCCGCUUUCAAUGGCAUUCUACAAACUUGUAUUGGGCCAAGAGCUUGAAUUGCAUGACAUCCUCUUAUUUGAUGCUGAGUUUGGAAAGAUAUUACAAGAAUUGCAAGCCCUUGUACUCCGCAAACAAUUUCUGGAUUCAAAUCCUGGUAAUAACCAAAUGGCAAUUGCUGAUGUCUGUUUCCAAGGUGCCUCAAUUGAAGAUCUGUGCUUAAAUUUCACCCUUCCUGGUUAUCCUGAAUACAUUCUUAAAGAUGGAGGGGAAAAUAUAAUGGUUGAUGCUAACAACUUGGAAGAGUAUGUUACUCUAGUAGUUGAUGCAACUAUUAAGGCAGGCAUUAUAAGACAGAUGGAGGCGUUUAGAGCGGGUUUCAACCAGGUCUUUGACAUCUCCUCUUUACAAAUAUUUUCGUCACAUGAGCUCGACAUUCUAACCUGUGGUCGUACAGAAUUGUGGGAGCCUGACACUCUAGCUGACAAUAUAAAGUUCGACCAUGGUUACACUGCCAAAAGCCCUUCAAUUAUUCAUCUGCUUGAUAUAAUGGGAGAAUUCACAGCAGAGCAGCAACAUGCUUUUUGCCAAUUUGUAACCGGUGCUCCAAGGCUUCCACCUGGUGGUUUAGCUGCAUUAAAUCCAAAGCUGACCAUAGUUAGGAAGCUUUCUUCGGCGGUAGCAAACUCUACAGCAAAUGAGAAUGGGGUCUCUGAAUCAGUGGAUGACGACUUGCCUAGCGUUAUGACAUGCGCAAACUACCUUAAACUCCCACCCUACUCAACUAAGGAAAUCAUGCACAAAAGAAUCCUUUAUGCCAUCAGCGAAGGCCAGGGUUCCUUUGAUCUCUCGUGAGCUUGAAAAAGAUCCAUGAGCGAAAGAUUCAGCUUCAUCAGGAGUCUGUUAACUGCUGAAUUCGGUGAAUGUGACCAAAUGCCAGAUGAUUUAUUACCUGACCGAAUCAAUUAUAUCUUUAUUUUCAGCCUUUCAAUAUUUGUAUAUUCUCAUCUAUAGAUGUAAUUACCCAACGAUACCCUUUUAUUAGUGAGGAUACCAUUUUUUUGCGUUUUA